AUGGCGACAGACAGUAGCAGCGGUCUCUCCUUACCGCCAAAGAAUGUCGCACUGCGAGAGAAAGAGGAUGCGGCACUCCGGGGCGAUGAUCUCCGACUCGUCGUGGCGCUCACGGACAGAGAUCCAGUGGAAAUAGAGGUAAAGAGCAGCACUGAGGUGGGCUACGUGAAGUUGUUGCUUGCUGAGCGUAUUGGCAUAGAGGCGCGGCGUCUGCGCCUUUUUUACCACAACGACAACAAAGAAGUGACUUUGAUAGACCCAAUGAGCUUGUGCGACUUCAAAGGCAUUCGUCCACCUACCGCCGAGCUCCAGGCUCAGGUGUUGUGA